AUGGCGACGGAGCCGACCGUGUCCGAUUAUGAGAAGAUCGGACGCAUCGGCGAGGGCACGUACGGCGUCGUGUAUCGCGCGAGGAACAAGAAAACCGGGGAGAUCGUCGCCAUGAAGAAGGUGCGCAUGGACAAAGAGAAGGACGGGAUGCCCGUCACCGCGCUGCGCGAGGUCAGAAUCUUACAAGCGUCGCGGCACAAGAACAUCGUGAACCUCCUCCGCGUCGUCACCGGACGCAACGCGGCCGCGAUCUUCUUAGUCUUCGAGUACUGCGAGCACGAUAUGUCGAAGCUCAUAGAGUCGCACAGCUUCUCGGAGAGCGAGGUGAAGUGCCUCGUCUUGCAGCUCCUGCAGGCGGUGCACUUUCUUCACUCGAAGUGGAUCUUCCACCGCGACUUGAAGCUGUCGAACCUCCUUCUGAACAACCGCGGCGAACUGAAGCUGUGCGACUUUGGGCUCGCGAGGUAUUACCAGCCCGGGAACGACGGCGCGUACACGCCGAGGGUCGUGACGCUGUGGUACCGCGCCCCGGAACUUCUGCUGGGGACGGCCAAGUACGACGCCGCCGUCGACAACUGGGCCGUCGGGUGCGUCCUCGCGGAGCUUCUGAGACACGAGCCGCUGUUCCCGGGGAAAGCAGAGGUGGACACGUUGGAGCGGAUAUUCAAACUGUUAGGGUCGCCGAACGAGCGGAUAUGGCCGGGGUGGAGCGCGCUUCCGAAAGCGCCGACGUUUCGCCCCCCGGACCAGCCGUACAAUUACCUCGAGCUCGAGUUUCCGAAAAUUCCUCGCAGCGGCGUCGACCUCUUAAACCGGUUGCUCACGUACGACCCGAGGAAGCGAUGCACCGCGAAAGAUGCUCUGGAGCACGAUUACUUCAAGGACCAGCCGCUGCCGAAGCGCCUGCACGACAUGCCGACGUUCCCGUCCGCGCACGACGCGAACGUCCGGGGUCUCGGUCGCGAAAGCGCGGCGUCGUCCGCGUGGGAGGGCGCCGCGGCGGAGAAGGCGGAGCGACGCGACCAUCGCGACAGGGGCGGGGGGGUGAAACGGCAGCGCGAUCGAUCGGACGAGAGGUACGGCUCCGCGUUCGGCGGGGCGAGAGGCGGGGGCGGGGGUCACAGACGAUAG